UUGCUGCUGCUGGAUUGGCGUCGUCUCUCAAUCUCCUCGAGCUUCGAACGCAGUCGCUCUGACUACCUUCAAUUGUUGCAACAGCUCCGCAAGUGCAAGGUUACAUUCUUCUGACUUUUGAGCAUAUUAAGCAGGCACCAUGGCGUCAUUGAGCGUCAGGGGAGCUACUCUUUAUUCUGCCACUUCACUGUGGGCGCCCUUGGUAUCCCCCCGCUGCGCGUCGCCUAAUCGGUCUUCUGUCCGUUUCGCGGACCGCCACUCACUAUUGUGCACCGAAACUAAGGCCAAUUGGAAAUCCUCAAAUUCAGUUUCGAAAUAUCUGAGACGUAGUGUUGCCAAAUCUUUCGUCUGCUCGGCAGCCCUAGAUACUUCUACGCACGAGUUUUUUGAUGACGGUGCAGAACUGGAGGUGCGUGUUCGAAUACCGGAUGGGAUGGUAGGAGAAGACCACGCUCCUGUGAGUGCUCGUCAUGUGAAUGUUGACUCUCAGGAUACUGCUCUGUUCAUAGCUGUUCGAAGUCCUCAAGGACCCCGUAUGAUUUUUUCUGCUAUGCGACUGUAUGGCCGUGUGAAACCGGCUGAAACUGUCUGGUAUAUAGAUGAUAGCGAAAUCGUUCUGAGCUUGAAAAAGACGGACGAUGAUGUAAAAUGGCCUUCGUUGGAAGAAGCAUGGGCUUCAUUGACAGAAGGGGUAUCACAGCUGUUGAAGGGUACUUCUGUAUACGUUGUUGGGGGGUCCACGGAUAUCAAUUGGGCUGUUGCAAAGGAGCUAGCUGCUGGUCUCGAAUAUGUACCACUUCAAACACAGCAGCUGAUACAAGAUUACAUUAACAAAUCACCAGUUGAGUUGGCAGCUGAAGAAGGCGAUAAAUCUGUUACAGAAACUGAAUCUGCAAUAUUGGAUAGCCUUAGCUCACAUGUUCGCUGCGUUGUUUCAACACUAGGUGGCAGCCCAGGUGUGGGUGCUCAGUUAGGAAAUUGGAGAAGUUUACAUGCUGGAUUCACUGUCUGGAUCAACCAGACUACCGCUACAGACGAGGAAACUGCGGAACAAGAAGCAGCAAGGGCGAAGCAAGAUGGCUCAAAAGCGUAUGCACAGGCUGAUGUUGUUGUAGCCCUUGGUGGCUGGGAUGAGAACUCGGCUAGGCCUGCCGCGGAAGGUGCACUUCGUGCUCUUAAGGCUUUUCUUGAAGGCGACAAGGAGCUGCCAGGUAAAAAGAGCAUGUAUGUUCGACUUGGAUGUCGCGGGGACUGGCCAGAUAUUAUGCCUCCAGGUUGGAAUCCUCUUAGUGGCAAGGAGGAAGCCAAAAGCACUGCGUACUACUAAAGAGAUAUUUACUAUUUAUUUCAUCAGCGGGGAUAUGUUGGACGAUGACGGUGAGGAAUGAAGCUGCGCAUUUUUUUCUCUCAGACUCUAGUUAACUGACGAAUGACCUAGAUGCUAAGAUGCUUGUAAUGAUCUGUUGCUUCAGUGGUUCACCAGAGUCCACUCACUGCAUACAGCAUUUAUGAUGUUAGAAAGCUCAGUGCGAAGUUGCGGAUAGUUUUACUGCUCUCAUCAGAUGGUUGUACAGACAUUUCUUACAGAAAUGUCCAGUGUGUCAACUUUAUAGUGCUAAUAGUUUAGGGCGUCCCAAAGUAAGAGUAAAGCACCUGUAGUUCCGAAGAUUAAGAUUUUUUUCUUUCUAAAAUUCAAUAUUUACAAAGAUUUUUUUUUCAAUUAAUGGUUACCUUGGACAGAAUUAUUU